AUGACAAGAGCCUUUUCCCUAUCGACCUUUGAUUAUAAUGGUCGUGAAAACUCAUCAAAAGCUUUAAUUAAAGGUAGUUCAGAAGAUAAUGACCCAUUGAAGAAAAGUGCUUCUAGAGUAUUAAAAGCUUUAUUAUUCCCAUUCCCUUCCAAUGCUUCCACAUAUAAACAGGUGCUUAAUAUCAUGAAGAUGGGCUCCGCUGAAACAGAAGCAAAAGCAGAAGAGAAGAAAGAAAAAUCAGAACCAAUACAACAACAUGGAAAGACUUUACAAACUAAAAACAUUCAAAAGAUUACAAGAAAUGAUUUGAUAAAUGGUACUUAUGAUUUGAAUCCAAAACCAAUAAGAACAAGAAGUACAGCAGAUAGAGCUAGACGUCAUCAUCGUCAUCACCGUCAUCAUCACCAUAAUGAAAAUGGUGAGAUUGUUCAUCGUUCAAGAUCUAAAACUUCAACACCCAAUUCAAUCAAAUCACCAUCAUCAAGUAUUUCACCAGAAAUAAGGAAUAUAGCACAUAUUGAUGAUGAUGCUGAAAAAAAUGAAAUGUUUAUGGCUGCUCAUGAACAAGUGAUUAAAGAUCAAAUGAAAAAAUCUAAACGAGCAAGUGAUUCAGAAUUACUAUAUCAACAUACACAUACUGAUGAUGGGACUUUGACAGUUCCAGUUCAUAGAACAGUGACUUUAGACUCUGAUGUUUCUGAUUAUUAUUCAAGUUAUGAAACUAAUUGA